CGACACAGCGUCACGUGCCCGAAAUCUCAAUCGUUGACGUGGCGCGUCAUAUAAGACGGUGUAUUUUUAGAUCAACACCCUUUCUUCCUCCUCUCCAUUCACCCCACGUAUCAUGCAAUUUACGCUUUUAUUCCUCGGGUUGGUUGCCUACGUGCACUGCUUCUACUUUUACGUUGACGGUGGCGACAAACAGUGUUUCAACAAAUUCCUUGAGCACGGCGACGUUUUGGUCGGGAGAUACGAUGUUACCUUCUUGGACACCAACACAAACACCUACGGCAAGCUCAAUUCCGAAUCAGGACUCGUGAUUGAUGUGGAAGAGAUCUUCGACAACGACCACAGAGUGGUGCAUCAGAAGGGUACCGCGUCUGGUGAAUUCACCUUCACCACCAUCGACUCCGGCGAACACAGAAUCUGCUUGUCGCCGCAAUCCGGUGGCUGGUUGUCCAAGACAAAGUCCAAGAUUGACAUUAACUUCUCCAUCGGUGAAACCAAGGACUUGGACUCUAAGGGAACCGAGAGAGCGCAGUCGUUGGCCGAAAGAAUCACUCAUUUGAACGGGAUUUUGCACGACAUCAGAAGAGAGCAGAACACGAUCAGAGAGCGUGAGUCAAUCUUCAGAGACUCGUCUGAGAACACCAACAACCGUGUCGUGGCCUGGUCGAUUUUCCAGAUCCUCGUCUUGGCAGGGACCUGUUUCUGGCAGCUCCAGCACUUGAGAAGCUUCUUCGUCAAGCAGAAGCUUGUGUAAAUGCGAGGCGGCUCGAAUGAAGGACCGGUAAAAUACUUACGAAAUCUAUUAAUAGAUGGCUUAUAUUUUGACUAGAACUAGGAUGUGAAUACUGUAGGGGCUAGCCGAAGAAAGGCAAAGACUAGGGACUAGAUAAGCAGCUUUACCCUUUCAGUAGGUUAACGAUUGCAUGAUUUAGGAAUGGAAGAAGUCAAAUAAAUGCAAUAUUGGGCUUGGUAGGGGUGAAAGAAAAGGCCGUGAAGCGACCAGUUGUGGUUACUAACCUGUUAAAAGGGAAACUGCCAGAAUUAUUUGGCUGGUACAGGCAGCCCACAUUGUUGCUGAUCAGCACAAUCGACCUUAGAACUGUUGUCUCAUUUUGCUAUCUCCGCAUUCGUGCAGGGUCCCUUAUGCCGUACCAAACCAUCCUGGUCUUGUCGUUUCUCCUAAACUAUUAAGGAACCAACUUCCUCAAUUCAAUUUUUAAUUUCUUCCAAGUUCUGCCUCAAAGAUGU